AUGACCGAUCCAUUGAAGACCUUGGACUCGUCCGGUCGUCCUGAGCCGGUAGCCGUCUCUCAGGAGGUUUAUGUAUUGCUGGCGACAGAUGUUGCCUGUCUCUGGUUACUCCAUCCUCGACUGGCGACGCAGGAACGCAUGGCGGGCAUUGCUUCAGCCACUAUCACAGACUGGAACAGCAAGAAUGAGAAGAAUCCAUCUGCCAAGGGCUUGAUUGCUGUCUCUUUUGACCAGCGCAAUCACGGCACCAGAAUGGUUGACCCGCUGGCGAACGAGGCUUGGAGACAGGGAAACCCUCGCCAUGCUCAAGAUAUGUUCUCUAUCUUCCAGGGCACUGCUCGAGACACAUCGCUCUUAAUGGAUUACCUCGCCGCGUUCGUCUUCCCUAAUAGCGAGCAUAAGAUCUCGGAGAACCUCGUUCUGGGUGUCUCUCUAGGCGGACAUGCCGCCUGGAGCUGUUUGCUGCAUGAACCUCGCGUCAGCGCCGGAGUCGUCAUUAUCGGCUGCCCGGACUACCUUAAUCUCAUGGUAGACCGGGCUCGAUUGUCGAAGUUGCCAUCGUGGACGAAGGGCGACCCACCUGGUUCUGACAUUUUAGGCUCGGAAGCUUUCCCGAGUUCGUUCGUGGAUAUCGUGAAGCAGUACGACCCGGCUAGCCUCUUCCUCAGCUGUGUUGAUACCGGCUCGUCCAGCCCAUUGCGCCCCGACACUUUGCCCGACCCGACGGACAAGGAACAGCAGCAACUUCGACCACUUCUGACUCGGUGCCUGGCGGGCAAGCGAAUCUUGAAUCUCUCUGGUGGAGUGGAUAAGUUAGUGCCGUAUCACCGAGGCGAGGCAUUCCUGAACUGGUUCAAAGAGGCCGUCUCGUCCGAUGGCUGGUUUGGCGAUGGCGCCAUUACAUUUGAGGAUAUUAUCGACCAAAGUGCGGGCCAUGAGGUUACGGCCAAGAUGGUCGACGAGGCCGUCCGCUUCAUUAGUGAAACGCUUGCUAUCACAGAUAAGAAAGACCGGAAGGGAUCGGUGCGAUCGUCCAAGAUCUGA